GAUAUAAUCAUUUUGUUCUUGCUGACCUUGACGUUUGUUGUUAGGUUCUCAAGUUGCCCAGUGGUAUUUAAAUGUUAGUGUAGGAUAGUGCGACAGCCGUGAGAGAAAUAAGUAGUUGAGCCUAUGUUUUAAUACUGAUCCUUUCUCACAGCUAUUUGCAGCAUAUAUUAUUCUGUUUGGGUACCAUUCCCAUUUCGGAUUUUAACCGUUGUUACUGAUACACUUCUGGUUAUAAAAUGAGUGACGACGAUCAAGUUGUACGACAAAGAACAGGGGAUGUUGUAGAACCAACUACUAUUACUGCUUCUUCGACUACUUCUAAUACUAUAAAUAUCGAUACACAAGAUGAUGUAUUAAACGCUAAGAAACAAACAAGCGAUGAUGAUGACGAUGAUGAACCAAUUGAUCCAAUUAGACCGGAUUUUGAAGCCGCUGAAAAACUACAUCAAGGUACAAGUCAUGUACCGCCAAUAAUUGAUUUCUUAAAUAAAUUUCUUCCACCACGUUGGGUUAAUUGGACUGUACGAUUAUUUACAGGCCUACUAUUAAUUUCAGGAUUUACACUUCUUAUUUACUUGGGUCCAUUGGCAUUAGUACUUAUGGUUUUAGCUAUUCAAUUGGCUUGCUUCUAUGAAAUUAUCAAUAUUGGUUAUUUGGUUUAUCGAUCGCAUGAUUUACCUUGGUUUCGAUUAUUAUCAUGGUAUUUUUUGUUUACAUCAAAUUAUUACUUAUUUGGUGAAAGUUUAAUCGCCCGAUUUCGAUUACUUUUAGCUAAAGAAGAUUUUCUACAACCAUGGAUAACUCAUCAUCAGUUUAUUUCAUUUUCAUUAUAUUGUGCUGGGAUUGUUGCAUUUGUUCUAAGUUUAGUUAAAAGGCAUUAUAUUAAACAGUUUACUUUGUUUGGAUGGACUCAUGUUACAUUGCUUAUUUUCGUUACAUCAUCUUAUUUCUGUAUUGAAAAUAUUUUCAAUGGUUUAAUUUGGUUUCUUUUACCAGUUUGUCUAGUUAUAUGCAAUGAUAUUAUGGCAUAUGUAUUUGGAUUUUUCUAUGGGAAAACACCACUUAUUAAAUUGUCACCGAAAAAAACAUGGGAAGGUUUUAUUGGCGGUGGUUUAUCCACUAUACUAUUUAGUAUAUUACUAUCUUAUAUUUUAUUAAAAUAUGAUUAUUUCGUAUGUCCAAUUGAAUGGGAUGAUACAAAAGGUUCUUUAACAAUGAAUUGUACUAGAAAUCCUGUAUUUAUAGCACAGAUCUAUGAUUUACCGAAGUAUUUAUUCUUUCUUCCAAUACGUCAAAUCACUUGGUAUCCAUUCUUACAGCAUUGUUUAAUUAUCAGUAUAUAUACAUCAGUUGUUGGACCAUUUGGUGGAUUCUUCGCUAGCGGUUUUAAGAGAGCAUUUAAAAUUAAAGAUUUUGGUGAUUUUUUCCCUGGACACGGUGGUGUAGUUGAUCGUUUUGAUUGUCAAUUAAUAAUUGGAACAUUUGUAUUAUUUUAUUAUAAUUCAUUUGUUCGAACUUAUAGUCCUGUUUCUCUAUUACCAAAAAUCUACAUUUUACCACCAAAUGCACAAAUUCUAUUUUAUCGUCUACUUACGGAUGGUCUUUAUAAACGUGGUCUACUUCCUAAUCAAUUAGUAGAUGCAGUAAAUGAAUAUUUACCAUCUCCAUCAGGAUCAAGUUCAACAACACUACGACCAACUAGUUCAUCAUCGUCAUCGUUGAAUAAUGUUGAAGUGUAGAAAGUAUUUGAAAAAAAAGAUCAACCAAUGAGAAUAUAAGCCAACAAGUGAUAGUGUUACAAACACACACACAUACAUACCUACAUGCUUCUGUAUGUUUGAUCGUGUGUGUGUGUAUUUGUAUUUUAUUAACACAUACACACACCACUAGAGCUACAGACAUACAUGUGCGUUUAACUUAUUUUUCAUACAGAAAGAUGAAAUAUAAAAUUACUUCGAUAAAAAUACUUCUACUAGUGGGCUUGGUGAUUGUUCAAGUUUGAAUUUUACAAUGAGAUUCCGAUUAAAAAUGUGUUGUUGUUCCCCCCCCACGCUCAUUAUUAUUAUUAUUAUUAUUAUUACUUAUUUGCUAACAGGCUUUUAUUGUAUACUUGCCCCUCGCAUAGACAAGUGUAUUGUAGAUCAUUAACAUAAUGAGAUAUGCACUCGCAUAUAUACAUAUAUAUAAACCGCAUACAGACACACACACAGUCACGCAUUAUGAGGUGUACGACUAACGUUAAUAACUAGUCCACUUUACAUUGAAAUUUGUUUUCAACUUUUAAAUUAAUUAGUAAAUAUUUGUUGUACUACUUACUAAUUUAUACUACUUAUAUAUGAGUAGUAUGUGUUGCUAGCUGAAUUGAACUGAAAGAAAUCGUUAAAUACAAGCAGAAAUUUUAAAUGUGAAUCAUGAAAGUGUCAAUACAAUUGUGUUUUAACAGAAUAUGUAGAAUUUGUUUCUUGUUUAUUAUUAUUGUAGAAAAUAAAAAAAAGAUACUGAUUUACUACUCUAUUCAAUCCAGUCAAUGUAGUAUUGUUUUAAUUGAUCAUCGUCAUCAUCAUUUAUUUUGUAUUGUUCACUUAUGUGGUGCAUUUCCCUCUCUCUCUCUCUACGUGUAACCGGCUUGUAUCUGUUUACAUAACCUCAUCAUUAUUAUUAUUGUCAUUGUCAGUGUUGUUAUCUGUUUUACACCCGUAUAUACUACUUACUAUACACUCAUUAACAUACAUUUUCUUAUCAAUAAGAGAAUAAAAGUAUCAAACAUUAAUAGGGGUGGGGAGACUGUUGCUAUUUCUAUUUAAUUAAAGUUAUGAAUAAUACUGUUAUGUCAUCCAAUGAUAUAUUCAUUCUGUGAUUUCUUCAUUUAAUAUCUAUGUGAUACAUAUUGAUAGAGUGUAUCAAUUUGACAGUGUGCAUAUAUAUAUGUGGAUAUACAUUCAUAUUUUCAUAGAUGCUUACAAAAAUAUUGUGUUUUCUUUUAAUUUUUACAUCGUAUCCUGUGUCACUUUGAUACAGAUGCAUUUAAUAAAAGUAAUGAUCUUUACACAUAUAUACACUUCCACUUAAUCAGUAUUGACACUUUCUUGUCUAUAUAGUUUAAUGAUGGAUUAUGUUAAUUCAAUUGUUGAUAGUCUUAUUAUGUUUCCUGAUUGGAAAGGGUGUAUGGUCAUUUUUGUUUCGUCCAUCAAAUCAUUCCAUCUAGGUUAAUGUGGAAGUGAUAUGAUUGGGCUAAAAUUAUUGUUCCUUAAGCAUUAUGGUCAUUUGCUAUGUUUUCUCUUUAAAUGACUUAAAAAAACUCAUGUUCCAUGAAAUGAGUAACCAAGACGUGAUAACAAAUGUUUCCAUACAUCUAAUAGUAUUGGAGGUUAUCUAGUUCAUAACUAACUAAUAAAUUGUGGGUUACUUCCUAUGCUCAAAGUUCAAAUAAGAUUUAUUGUGCUUAUCUCAAUUUAUAUACAAAUCAGUAGUCGUUAGAUAUUUCAAUCAAAUUCAGUUUAGGACAGCGUAUAUGUGAAUGUAGUCUGAUUUAGUAAUUUCAUUCAGUAAUGAAUAUUUUGUCGCCUUAUGGAUAAAUGUAAAUAGUUUCCGAGGGAAUUAAAGGUACUUUUAAAUUGAGAGCACACAUUUUGAUCUAGAAAUUCAUUUCUUAUUGCAUGAUAUUUCUCACUGUAUUUGUUGUUAUAUUUUUUUGUUAACUGAGAUAUUACUUAAAUGCUCAAAUCGGAAUCGGUGAUCUUAAGGAAUCAAUUCCUGAGCCAUUGGUCUAAGAGACUAACCCACAUGGAAGUGAUGUGAUGCGAGACGACACAAUCCUAUAGCUAGCAGUUUCUUUUUCCCAGGAUCUUUCAGCUUAAUUAUCCCACUGAUUUGAUAUCCAGAUUUUACCAACUAAUAUCAAAGUUCAGACAUGGAAAACAGAUAACAGUCACUGGAACCAACACAGUAUCAAACUCAGAAAACUCCCCAUGUAUUCUGAUUGAUUAAUAACUGUUGUGGAUACAGAAUAAUAUGCCAAUGAUUGUCAUGUCAAGUCUAUGGUGUCCUUGGACUUUAAAUGUACAUUUCUUAUUGGUCGAUGUUUAUUUCACUUGUUAAAUAUUUUGUAAAUGUUGUUCCCUAUUUUAUGGUACGAUGUGGUGUGCUUGAUUGGUAUAUAAAAAAAGUAUGUCUGAAUUACAAUGAUUCAUAUCUCCGAGGCUGUGACUUGUGUUCUGGACUCAACUGACUGGGCUAGACAGGGAAGCGAGACCAAUCGAGACUCUAGGCCGUCCGUACGUGUUUUACGCGUCACUGUAACCGAUCGAUAUAAACGCUGCGUAUCAAAACCUGCAGUCUCACCC